AUGGAUUCAAACCCUCCACACAAUCCUGUGUUUCUGAUAUUUCCUCCAGAGGUCACCAUUCCUGAAUUCCAGUCAACGGACAUUACACCCACAACCUAUGAGUCUAGCAGUCCCUUUCCAAAAUUACUUGCUACAAAAAUGAAAAUCUUAGGGACUAUCCAGAUCGUGUUUGGACUGAUGAACUUUUCUUUUGGAGUUGUUUUCCUUUUCACCUUUGAAAAACCAUACCCAAGAUUCCCCUUUAUAUUUAUUUCAGGAUAUCCAUUCUGGAGCUCCAUUUUGUUCAUUAAUUCUGGAGCCUUUCUAGUUGCACUGGAAAGAAAACCAACAGAAACUCUGGUGAAGAGGAGCCGAAUAAUGAAUUUUCUUAGUGCCCUGGCAGCAACCGCCGGAAUCAUUCUCCUCACAUUUGGCUUCAUUCUAGAUCAAAACUACUUUUGUGGCUAUUCUGAAGAAGACAGUCAAUGUCAGGCUGUUACCACCCUAUUCAUUGGAAUUUUGACUAUGUUGAUGGCCUUCAGCAUUAUGGAAUUAUUCAUUUCUCUGUCUUUCUCAAUUUUGAGGAGCCACUUUCACUGUUGUGAUUGUGAGGAAUGA